GAUAAAUCAAUAAAUGCGGCAAUUUAAAGCAUAUUUACUGUGUGUAUGUCUAAUUCAUUUUCAACAGAAAUUCUGCAAAGCAGUAGCUGCUGUCCUGCAUUUCUUUGUGCUGUCAGCGUUCGGAUGGAUGUUGUGUGAGGGAAUAUUACUGUACAUCUUACUCAUCAAAAUAUUUGAUGGUGCUCGUGGGAAACACUGGAAGAUCUUUAAUUUCAUUGGCUGGGGUAAGUGUUUUCAAUUUCCAAAGGUAGACAAAAUAGUACAACCCCACAAACCUAAACCCAUUUCCCGUGAAUCAUCGCAGUUACAUCGCAGAAAAAUUAUUGUUUUUUUAUGAAUAUGAUACUUUUAUCAUUUAUAGACCUGGAGCGAGGGGGAUUCGCCGAAAUAUUAUCCGAAGUGAUGAUAUUUCACGAGGGGCUUCGCCUCGAGGAAAAUAUCAUCAAAUGAUGAUCACUGAGGGUAACAUCUAUACAAUAGUAUAUCCCAAAGCUGAGGGUCUAUAAAUGAUAUAUUAUACCGAAAAUUAAAAGCCUCCAAGUUGAGAAUUAAAAACUUCACACAUACCUUCUUGAAUACGAUGUUUUAUUUUCGGAUUAACGCACGUAUUCGUCGCUUUUCUUUCGAAUCACAUAUCGUUUGGAAUAUUAAUGACAACAUUUUUCAAAUUUUGCUUCAAAAUUUUGAAAAAUCCCCAGGUUUUACGUUUAGAAUUUGAUUAAUUAUUCAUCACUCAUCAAUACUAUUUAUAUUUUGUCGUCCAUGUUGUUGUCAUGCGUGUUGUCUCGCGCGGUCUACGCGAAUAAUGUUCCACCCCAUGUUCCCCGGGGAACAUGGGGUGGAACAUUGUCAAAAGGAACGCAGGGUCGCUAAUUGAUGACGUAAGGCGUGAUAUCGCAAUUAAUUUCAUGCUCACGUGGCACAAACUAAGCUUCCUGAUUGGACAAUUUGAAUUUGAGGUAUAAUAUUUCCCAAAAUCCUGAUAUUCAUUCAUACACUUACGUUGGUAUCACUUGGUAUACAUACAUGAACUUGUGGUUAGAGCUCAACAAAUGGGCUCUCUAGCUCAACUGGUGAGAGGGCUGCACCGGAAUCGCAGGGCCGCAGGUCCGAUUUCUGCCAGACGGCCAAUAUGUAGUUGAAUUUUUCGCAACUGCUCCUGGUGAGGUUUAUGAUAAUAUUUAUUAUGAUUAAUUUUACACUCGAAAUUUGCAUCUAUAAAACUCUUCAGCAUGUCAUUUAUUCUGGUUACUGUAUUUAAUAUAACUUACUCACUGGUAGUCCAAGACAUUUCGUCUGUAAAAAUAACGUCUUCGAACGUAUCCUUUCUCGCUAAGGCGUCAAUGCAAAAUGCUAGCCUUUUAACCUUGUUCGGCUUACGAACAAACUGGCAAUACCUAUAGUAUUUUCGUGUUUCCAUCCUAGUUUUUCACGUCUAACACGACGUAUUGUUGAGGAUGAUAUAUCAAGGCCACAUUCCUUCGAUAUUAAUUUUCUUAAUUCCGCUGAUGUUAACUCAUGUUUUCGUCUAUAAAUGUAAGAUGCUCCUCACACAGUUUAAAUUUCCGUCCAGAUCGUGGGGCAUCAAAAAGAUUACCACCCUUACUGUAGCGUUUGAGAAAUUUACUCAGAUGUCCGUGAAACAUUGAUGAAUUCCUCGGAUAAAAUUUUUGUUAUGCGAGUCGUGGUUUUUUCCGAUGAGAGGGACAUGAUACGUCUUCGGGAAUAUAAUUAUUGCUUUUCCAUUGUAUUGCUUCCCAACCUUCGCAAAAUGUUUUUUAAAAAUGCUGCCUUGUUUCGCCGUUAGUAUCGCAAAAAUAUUGUUCAUUCUGAUUUCUAGAAUACAAUAUUUACACUCGGCAAAGUCGUGUUGCCUUCGGGGUGCGCCGUGAAUUGCAGUCAAGCCUCACAUCACCCACACAACCGUGGUUGAACCACGGUGUAACCGCGGCAAUCCGAGGUUUAACCGCGGGCGAACCGCAGUUGACCCGAGGUCAAACCGAGGUCGGCGCGAGUCGAACCGCCAUCAGAGGCGUAGCCAGGAUUUUCGGUCAGAGGGGGCCGGCAAAAAUCCAGGUGGGGCCAAGCCGCCAGUGACUCGAGACGCAAAGUUCGUGCAAGAAAAAAUUUUGCGGACCACAGAACAUUUUAAAUCUCUCCCUCCCCUCUCCUCCCCUCCCCCGUCGACAACUUUUUCAGUAAAAAGUUUUUCUGGACAAUAACAUUACAAUUGCUUUCGUAGCACUUUUCCCGAUUUGCGUAAUACUUUUUCCGAUGCUUCACCACGAAGAUUCCGACAACAUUAGAGAGUUUGAGCAAGAGAACGAAAUCGGACGACGCGGUGGACCGUGGUUGACAAUUUUUGCCUGUCUUGCACAUUAUCUUACGCAUUCUGAGUUUAGGGUCAGGCGUGAAGACAGAUUAGAGAUUUAUGUCUAGCUGUUUAUGAAUGCUGACCCAAAUCGUUACCCUGAUCAGGACAAAACAGUGAGACAUCAAUCCAUAUCUCGUCUUCGUUCUUCUGCCUUCGUUCACAACGAAAAAUUCGCAAAUAUUUUGGCAAAAUUCGUUGUAAACUUCGUUCCGAACGAAGGAAGAAGGACAAAGACGGGAUAUAGUUUCAUGUCUAGCUGUUAUUUUCUGGGUCAGGGUAAGAAUUAGGGUCAGUAUGCAUACACAGCGACACAUGGGAAGACACGCUGAACAACCACCAGUGACGUCCAACUCAGCAUGCGCAAGAUAAUGUGCAGACGGCAAACAUUGGCAAGCUCAAGCUCUCUAUUGACAAUUUUCCGACGGGUCUUAAUUUUCCGACGGGUCUCCCACCCCGCUCCCCUCCGGCCAAGGCGCCACUGCCGAGCCCGCAUUAAAAAUUCAUUUGUAAAAAAAACAGAUUGGUUUAAACUUCAUCAAACCCUCAUUUAAUACAUAUUGAAAUAAUUAGGGUUAGGAAAGGUAUGUGUUUCAAGCUGUGUGCCGCAAAUAAGAGAACAAGUGAUUUUAGGUUUCACACCGAUGUGCUGGAGCAAAGCAUUUUUGCAUUAUUGACAGCAUGAAGCAAUAUAAUCACGGAUUCCCUUUUUUAUACAAUACAUUUUAUCAGGGCCCCCCCAAAUUUUGCCAGGGAUUUUGGGGGGGCCGCCCCCAGCCCUGGCUACGCCUCUGACCGCCAUCGACCCGCGGUUAACCGCGGUUUUUGUCAACUUAUUUCUAGACAGUUCUGUAUAGAGCUGAACAAGUCUAAAACUGUGUAAAUAUAGAUAAUUAUAGUAAUAAUACACCCCGAGUUCAUAAGUGCAAGUAAAUUAAGACCACGACAACGUGUUUAUUAAUGACUGUUUGCCGAUUAAUAUCGUUACAGGUAUUCCUUUAUUGAUCGUUAUUAUAUCACUUGGAGCGACUCAGGGUGAAGGAUAUGGAACAGAAUCUUCAUGUUGGCUUAGCCUUGAAAAUAAAGUGAUUUGGGCGUUUGCGGGACCUGCCUUCAUUGUCAUAUUGGUGGGUUCUCUCAUCUCAAUCUUUAGGACAACUAUUUUGUGCGUGUAUCUUUAUCCCUGUAAAGAAUUGUCGUUUAGCAAUAACGUACCUAUUAAUGAUAUACUAGAAAUACAUUCAUGCAGAAACUCCUCGUCUUGAUGGCAAAACUAUAAUUAUAUUUUCCGAACAUGAAGUAUUUGAAGUAGUUGUCAUGGUAACACGAUAAUUUUAUUAAGAAUAUUUUUAAAUUUGAAGAUCCCCUAAAAAUAUCACUAGUAUUUUAAUUACGAUUUCAAUAUAUGUAUUAAGUAUGUCAUUAUACGUUAUUAUAUUAUACGUAUUAUAAGCUUCAAUUUAAUUAAACGCUUCGCAAUUUUCUUAUAUAUGACUUAUAAAGAGAGCUUGUCUGUAAAAAUCGCAGUAAUUCGCCAUUCUCUGGCAGAUAUGAAAAACUGAAAGUUCUUCAAUUUCCCUUGAUUUUACAUAUAUUGUAGACCUAUCCAAUCCCACACAUUUACUGAAGUUUCAGCCAUAAAACACAAAAUGAAGGAAAGUUAGAGUACUUCAAAAAUCGAACCAAAAAUGACGCGAAAUGUCCAAGAAAUUUCGCUAUACUGUAUAGAGCAGUCAACAUCAUGUGCUGUGCUGAGCGCGCAUUAUAAGUUUUGGUCUGCUGUUACAAUAUAUAUGUUUUUAGAAUAUAUGGAACUUUCUCGUAAUAUCUUUUCUCCAUAAAUCGAAAUGUUAUUGACUUGGUUAUUUUAAAUCAAAGAUGGUUGAAAUUUCCGUGUUCUCCAAACUAGCCAAAGUACGUCUUGUGAAUCGCCUAUUUAAAUAUGGUCCUAUACUUUCUUUAUAAAUGUAUAUAUGCAUAAUUUCUUAGGGUAGGAUGUAGUCAUUCAACGACGAUUUCAGAUGUUUGGGAUUCUUUUGUGUCUUGGAAAAAUUUGCCGUUAAACAUGUACAAUAUUAGCGUAAAGGCUGCAUUCCAGUUACGCGUUUUUCAUACGUGCGUACACGCACGUAGAAGUUGAAUUCGCUUAAAAUUUCAUAUAAGUGCAAAUAACCUUAACAAAUACACAUUAAAUCAUACACAAAACUGAAUUCUGUCCUUUUAUAAAUUUAGUUAUUUCAUAAGUAGGAUGUAAAGCGAAUUCAACUUUUAUGAAAAACGCGUAACUGGAAUGCAGCCUUAAUUGAGUGCUUGGAUUUUUAUUAACCAGCGCGUUACGAUUCCAAUAUCUUACGCUUUUCCUAUUCAAAAGGUUAACAUGCUUCACUGUAGAUGCCACUGAGAACACACAGUUUACUUUCAAUGAUUUUCUCUGCAUUCAAGUUACUUUGUCUACAGUAUAUGUGUAUAUAUACACUGCGUGCACGCACGUACGUACGGACGCACGACCAAGCACAUUUUACUACGCAUUUCACUGAUAUGUGCAUUCCGCCUUUUUUUCUCGCUUCCCAACGGCGUUCGACGGUCGACGUUCGACGCAGGCCUGGUUACAAAAUUUGGCGCCUUUUCAGGUUUUCAUCAAUACUUCUGUCAUUCAAGACAAGACAUUGACUAUUUAUAUUGAUUUACAUUAACUUCGGAAAAUUCAUACUUGAAAAGGCGCCAAAUUCUGUAACCAGGCCUGCGUCGAACGUCGACCGUCGAACGCCGUUCGGAAGCGAGAAAAAAAAGCGGAAUGCACAUAUCAGUGAAAUGCGUAGUAACUUUUUUCGAACGGAAAAAAAAUAGUCGCAGCCCCAAGGUGACACGGCUCGUUUAAAUUGCGGUGCCCGUUCAAGUUUGGAACCGGCUUUAUAUUCUGCUGUGAGUUUGUACUUUUGUGCGGAAUCACAAGCAUAUUUACUUCUUGUAAUCUCUAAGGGUGGUAAUUAUUUUUGUCGCUGCUGACGCUGCAUAUUUAAUUGUUUACAUUUUCUAUCGAUACAUUCAUGUACGACUUGCAUUUUAUAACACAUACUUUCAAAUAAUUUUUCUUACGUAUCGAUUCCGACUAGUUCGACAACAUAACAAAUUUCCAAUGUUCGGACGGGUCUCAACAAUAGCGGGGUGGAAGUUACAUUACAUUUGGUGAUUUGGAAAAUACUUAGACUCUUAGUUAAAUAUUUCCGUGUAAUUUAAAUUAAAACUUCGAGAUGAAGCUAUUAAGGAAAUAAGAAAAAUACAAUGGACUUACCUUUAUGCUUGAAGAACUGUAACAAACCAAUGUAACAUAAUCAGACAGUUUCAAUUGCAAUAUUAAACUACAGUGGACAAUUAUAGCCUUGCUGUGUGCGUUUAUUCACAACUUUGUUGAGAAAGUUACUUCCGGGUUUAUAAGAGCGUAGGUUAUACAAAUCAAUUAUUAUUUUAUCAUGUAAAUAAUCUUUGAACUGGUUUUUCUUUAUGUACUAGAUCACGACAUAAUUUGUCGCAGGCACUCUAGAAACGAUAACGCUUACUAUCCUGCAUUCUAACCUUUUUCAGUUCAGUUUCCAUUCAACGACAACGUUUUUAUAUUUGUAUUUAUAUACAGUACAGGGUGUCCCCCAAAAAAGUACUUACCCUCUAUAGAAAUUAUCCUAUUGUUAUAAUUUGAACCGCUGAUGCCUGAGCACUAUGCUGAGCCCAAAAGUGCGUAAACACAAUUGAAUUGAAUGAAGCGUGUGUUCUUAUAGUGACGACUACCGUAAACACAGAAUCGUUUUGAAAUAAAAUGUAAGAAAUAAUAUUCACAGUGUCACGCUCCAGUUAAUAUGAACCACUCAAUGGGCACUUCCGAGCUAUAGACUAAAUUUUGAUCUAGGCAAGUACAACAAAAUCCAUCUAGAAAGAGCAUGUUAAAAUUAGUAAAAUUGCAAAGUUUGGCCGGAAAAUUUUGUAAAAUUAGGAAAAUAAUAGCUCUAUGAAAAUUUUGUAUUAAUUUGUAUUAAUAUACGCACGGAAAAAUGCACCACAUUUGGGCCGAAAGUGGUGCAAAUCCCCGUGCGUGCUAACAAAUUAAUACAAAAUUUGCAAAUUUCGCAGGGCUAUAUAUUCCUCAAUUUACGAUAUUUCGCAACCAAACGUUGCAUUUUACUAAUUUUAACAUGGAUUGCUCUUUCUAGCUGUGCUGAUGGAUUUUGUUCUUCUUGCCUAGAUCAAAAUUUAGUCAAUAGCCGGAAUUGCCCAUUACGCUAGUAUUGUACAUGUUUAACUGCAAAUUUUGCCAAGACACAAAAGAAUCCCAAACAUGUGAAAUCGUCGUCGAAUGACUACAUCCUAGCCCUAACAAAUUAUGCAUAUGUAGCUACAUUUAUAAAGGAAGUAGGACCAUAUUUAAAGGUGAUCUACAGUCCGAUCUGCGCAUGUGCACAAGUGAGCACACUUUAUGAUACAAACAGUUUAACUCUGUUUUGAGUUCUUGAAACGCCUGAUUGUUGUUUCUUGAUCAUUUAUUAUACUCUAGAAGCUUGAAAAUAUAAAUAGUUGUCGAAUAAAGCUCAAUAUUUUGGACACAAAAAUGUAAACAAGGGCUUUGUUUACACACGGACUGUAGAUCAUCUUUAAAUAGGCGAUUCACAAGACGUACUUUGGUUAGUUUGGAAAACCCGGAAAUUUCAACCAUCUUUGAUCUAAAGUAACCAAGUCAAUAAAUUUCGAUUUAUGCAGGAAAAAUAUCACGAGAAAGUUCCAUAUAUUCUAAAAACAUAUAUUGUAACAGCAGACCAAAACUUAUAAUGCGCGCUCAGCACAUGCAGCUAGCGCAUGAUGUUUACCGCUUUAUAUAGCAAAAUUUCUUGGACAUUUCGCAUCAUUUUUGGUUCGAUUUUUGAAGUACUCUAACUUUUCUUUAUUUUUUUUCAUGGCUGAAACUUCAGUAACUGUGUGGGAUUGGACAGGUCUACAAUAUAUAUAAAAUCGAGGGAAAUUGAAGAACUUUCAGUUUCUCAUAUCUGCCAGACAUUUUGUGAUUCUUACAGGCAAGCUCUCUUAAAACUAAUAAAACUACCUUUUAUCGAUAAACCAUCAGUUUGAAAAAAAAAAGAUUUCAAAUUCUCGCACGAAAAUAAGUUUGCUUUUCUCUUUAAUAAUUAAAUAUUUUAGUGCAUUAAAAAAGGUAAAUAAUGAAAAUACAGUAAAAUGCUAUCUUUUUUCAUUAUGCCCAUGCAACGAUAAAAGGAAACAAUACAUCAAUAUUUAAAACAAAUUUACCUUUUCUCAAACGAACUCGUGUGAAAAACUUAGCAAAUUUGCAAAAUAUUUUAAUUAAAAGCAGAUAUAUUAAUUUUCAAAUAGUAUCUGUUAUUAUAAUGUCGCAAUGCAGUCAUAAAAGAGCGAAAUUUAAAUUUGACCAUUCAGUGUUCUCCAUUUCCUUGACAGUUCGCCAGUUUUUCGAGAUCAGUGAGAGGUCCACCCUUGGUCACGGAUCGCGAUGAUUGAUGCAUGAACUUCACACUUCGCUCGGGGGAUAUGUGUAAUUUUUUUCCCCAAUUUGUGAACAUAUUCCAAUUCACCUUUUGGCGCGAGAACAUGUCAAUAGACCAUCAAUUGUUAUUAAUGUUAUAAAAUAUAUCACAACAGAUUUCCGUUGUCCGUCUUUGUUUUCCAGGCCAACACAAUCGUGUUUGUCAUGGUGCUACGUACAAUGAUGAACUCUCACAAAAUCAAACAACGGGACAACAUUGGUAAAGUCAGAGCUGGUGUAAGAGCCGCUGUAGUAAUCUUCCCAAUCCUUGGCUUGACAUGGCUGUUUGGCUUGAUGACUUUCAACAAAGAAACGUUGUUCUUCCGCUAUCUAUUUGCCGUGUUCAAUUCCGCGCAAGGAAUGCUCAUUUUCUUGUUUCAUUGUGUCUUUAAUAAUCAGGUAAGUACCGCGAGGAAAUCUGAAGUUGACUGUCCAUUGUAAAAAAUAUUUUACAAUAAGCAGGCAUGGUUUAUGCCUGCAUUGCUUGAAAAUUAUUGUACUGGGAUUGCCAGUAAAUGAGGCGAAAAACAGGUUUCAACUCACUUUAAUUAUCAAAAUAUAUGGAAAAUUACAAAAUAGUAAAUUUAGGUAAAACACUGUUUUCCUUCGCAUGCCAUCUUAGCUCUCCUGCGCAUGCUCUAACAAAACGUAAAUAAACAUCGUCCAAAAGGCGAUCGCAGAGAUUAUUGUCUACAACCCAAUACACCGGAAGGACUGGGGUCGAUGCGAUCGCGUCUUAAAAUCUGAAUGUAAGUUUCUCUAA